CCCUUUGUUCUCCCAGCCAGCAGCAACCAAAACGAAAACGCUCUUCCAGGUAGUUAGCAAUUAUCAUCAUCAUGAACUCAAUCUUUAGUUCCUUUGAUGCUCUGUGGGGUGAGUUGUUGGGACAGGCAGUCAGGUAUUCCUUUGCUUCUACAACUAAUAAAGAUGGUGUUAGGUUGUUUAGUGGCAGAGUUAAGGUGACAACAGAAGAAGACAUGAAGAAAAAGCAACAAGGAAACGUUGAGAAGAAGCAACAGAGGGCUCCCCGUUUCGCUCCUGAGCUCGACGGCCUUCACUGCUUUGAGACCCUUGUUUCCUACUAGAUUCUUUCCUUCAUGAGUUUGAAGUUAUUCAACAAGAUUGAUUCUUUUUUCUUUUUAAUAGCAGAAGCUAGAAAUUCUUACUGCAUAUGUAAAAAUUUGGGAUUAAUUGAAAUUCUUUAUUUGAAA